CAGUGGAGCAGUAUCACUGCAGGAGAAUGAGGAUGUUCCACUGCUGAAUACUUGGGAGCACAUUGCUACUAUAUUUGGCCUUUUUCCAAAGGAGUUUCCAAUUACAGAAAGAGUUCUCUAACAAAGAAUGUUUCUAGGGCAGCAGAUGUUUCACUCAUUACAUAAUACUGAGCAUGGCUAACCUUUAAAGCUUUCAACUGGGGCAGAAAUACUGACAUAACCAUGAUAGAAGACAAAGGUCCACGAGUGGCUGACUAUUUCGUAGUGGCAGGGCUCACUGAUACAGACACGGCAACCCUCCUGGACCAAGAAAUCAGCCGACAUGAAACUAAGUCAACUGGUCCCAAGGCUCCAAUUACUGACAUUGCUGUGAUAAUUAAAUCAGCUGGUGAAACUGUCCCAGAGGGAUAUACCUGUAUCGAGGCCACCCCUACAGCCCUCCAAGCCAACUUAAAUUAUGGAAGUCUAAAAAGUCCUGAACUAUUUCUUUGCUACAAGAGAGGCCGAGACAAACCACCCCUUACUGACAUUGGAGUCCUCUAUGAAGGGAAGGAGCGCAUAAUUUCGGGCUGUGAAGUGAUUCAAGCCACUCCGUAUGGUCGUUGCGCUAAUGUUAACAACAGCUCAGCUUCUUCGCAACGCAUCUUCAUCACCUACAGAAGGGCCCCCCCAGUGCGACCUCAGAACUCGCUGGCAGUGACAGAUAUCUGUGUUAUUGUUACCAGCAAAGGGGAAACCCCUCCUCACACUUUCUGUAAAGUGGAUAAGAAUUUAAAUUGUGGUAUGUGGGGUUCCAGUGUAUACCUUUGUUACAAGAAGUCUGUGCCAGCUUCUAACUCUUUAGCGUAUAAAGCUGGCUUAAUUUUCAGAUAUCCUCAAGAGAACUAUGAAUCAUUUCCACUGUCAGAUUCUGUACCCCUCUUCUGCCUUCCUAUGGGAGCUACUAUUGAGUGCUGGGACCCUCAAACCAAAUAUCCACUACCAGUGUUCUCAACAUUUGUACUGACCUGCUCUUCUGCAGAAAAGGUUUACGGUGCUGCUAUCCAGUUUUAUGAACCUUAUCCUCGGGAGCUGCUAACGGAAAAACAGCAAUCACAGUUGGGUCUUCUGACAACUGUAGAGAGAAAAGUGAUUACUUCCAAGUCCAUCAAUUCAAACAAAUGCAUCUGUCUUCUCUCACACUGGCCUUUCUUUGAAGCAUUUCGAAAAUUUCUUAUGUUCAUCUACAAACUCUCUGUCUCUGGACCUCAUCAUCUUCCCAUUGAAAAGCAUAUAUCCCAUUUUAUGCACAAUAUACCCUUCCCUUCACCACAAAGGCCAAGGAUUCUUGUGCAGCUUUCUGCCCAUGAUGCAUUAAUAUUGUCACAGCCAGUUUCUACACCAUUGCCAUUAAGUGGAGCAAACUUUAGCACUCUGCUUAUGAAUCUUGGACCAGAAAACUGUGCCACUCUGUUACUCUUUGUAUUACUAGAAGGCAAGAUCCUCCUCCAUUCCCUUAGACCAGCUGUGUUGACAGGAGUUGCUGAAGCUGUAGUAGCUAUGAUAUUUCCAUUUCAGUGGCAAUGUCCAUAUAUCCCCCUCUGUCCUUUGUCUCUGGCCACCGUACUCAGUGCACCUCUUCCAUUUAUUGUUGGAGUUGAUUCACGAUACUUUGAUCUGUACGAUCCACCACAGGAUAUUGUGUGCAUUGACUUAGACACAAACAUGGUCUACAUAUCAGAUGAUAAGAAGAGCAUCAACUGGAAGCAGUUUCCUAAAAAGCCAUGUAAAAGCCUUCUCAGCACCUUAAAGAAACUGCACCCACAGCUGGCAGCAGUUCACAGGAGAACUCAAGAAGGCUCUGCAGUGGAAAUGACUCCAAUAGAGGCAGAUUUCUCCUGGCAGAAGAAGAUGAUAGAACUUGAGAUGGAGAUCCAGGAAGCAUUUCUCCGUUUCAUGGCAUCUAUUUUGAAGGGUUACAGAACAUUCCUCAAACCAAUCACACAGGCACCUUCAAAUAAAGCAACUGCUGCCGAUUCCUUGUUUGAUCAUCAAGGAUUUUUAAAAAGCAGAGACCGUGCCUAUACAAAGUUCUACACGCAUCUCACCAAAACACAGAUAUUCAGCCGCUUUAUUGAAGAGUGCAGUUUUGUGAGUGACAAGGAUACUGGCUUGGCAUUUUUUGAUGACUGCAUAGAAAAGCUCUUUCCAGAUAAGGGAACAGAAAAAGGAGAGAAGGUCGAUGUAGAUUCUGUCGAAGACGCACGCUUGAUUGAGCUUGAUGAGUCACAAAAAAGUGAACACACAGUGUUUAUAAUGCCACCAGAACCACCUGCUGAUGAUGGACAGGACCGAGUGCCAAAAUACAGCUAUAAAAACUUCCCGCGACUAGAUUUCAAGCUCUUUGACAGGCCACAGGAGCUCAAGCUCUCCUUCAGCAGACACACUGCUGGAAGCAGCAUUUCAAAUAGUCCAGCACUCAUGGCAAAGAGGACAAAACAGGAGAUAAAAACAGCCCAUAAAUUAGCCAAGAAGUAUUAUGUAAGCCCCUCCCAGUGGGCUAAGUGUCUCUUCAGUCAUAGUUACAGCCUAUGGUUUAUUUGUCUGCCAGCCUAUGUCAGAGUUGCACAUCCCAAGGUCAAAGCACUACAACAGGCAUAUGAUGUUCUGAUUAAAAUGAGGAAAACCGAUGUGGAACCGCUAGAUGAGGUCUGUUACAGAGUAGUAAUGCAGCUCUGUGGACUGUGGGGUCAGCCUGUUCAGGCUGUGAGAGUCCUUUUUGAAAUGAAAAAUGCUGGAAUACAGCCAAAUGCCAUCACCUAUGGUUAUUACAAUAAGGCGGUUUUAGAGUCUUCUUGGCCUAGCAGUAACCGCAGUGGCAUAUUCCUGUGGACAAAGGUACGAAACGUAGUUCAUGGCACAGCACAGUUUAGGCAGUGCUUAAAGAAAUCAACGCAGAGCCCACCAGUGCCUGUGAUACCAGCUCUGCGGAGUCCCACGGGUGGAAGUGAUGGGGACAUGGUGAGCCAUGGUAGCGUGGAUAGUUCUAAUGAUGCUAACAGUGGGGAGCACACCCUCUUCGUCAGUGACUUAGUCAGGCUUGAUUCCGUUGAUAAUCACUCUAGCACAGGUGGUCAGUCAGACCAGGGUUACAGACCCAAGGAUGAGCUUUUGAGAGAUUGUGUGGAUAGUCUUCCUAUAACUGAAACACAAGUAGAGAAAGAUAUUUCUUCUAACAUUGAAGACUUAAUAGAAGAGAUUUCUACAGAAAAAUCUUACGAAAAGCAACAGCUGAAUAUAGAAAUUCUGAGCCCAGCUGAUCCACCUGCUUGUGGUAGCAGUAUUGUGAAAGUUCCAUCAGGCAUUUUUGAUAGCAAUGGAAGGAAGAGCAGUGAUGAAACUGUUUCUAGCCCAAUGUUCAUAACUCAGGAUUCAAUCGAAGAUACAGUCUUUGGUAAUAUUUCUCCUAAGAAAACAAGUGAAAAAAGACAGAAGAGGCAAAAACUGUUUGCUGAGAGAAGCUGCAGUUUCAGCAGUGAAAGCAGAGCUGGAAUGCUGCUGAAAAAAGGCAGCUUGGACUUGCAUUCAAAAGAAAUAGCAAUAAUGAUGGGAGCAGAUGCCAAGAUCCUAACAGCAGCUUUAUCUGGGGCAAAAACUUCACCCUCUCAUAUGAGUAAAUCUCACAGCUUUGAAAAUAUCACUGACCAGCAGGUUUCUGACCUAAGUGGCACUUGGAGUGCUGUGACUGAGAGCGAUUGGGACCUAGAACAUAGGUCUUCACCAGUGCUGGAAGAGCCUGGGGAAGGACAGGAGCAUCUUGAGAAUGGAAGAGAUGGAAACAUGACCACAGCGGAAGACAUGAAUCUUGAACAGUCAGCUGAGUCUAAAAUCCAGAUACCAGAAUCCAAAGAUGCAACUGCUAAAAGAAAUAGCUUUUAUGGAGUGGUUAAGCCUAUUGAAAGGGAAGAUGUUGCAGUAGGCUUGGACCCUCUGUCUUUGCUAGCUACUGACAGCACACAACCAGGUUAUCCAGAACCUGAGGAAAAGUUAAUGUCACCAGUUGCAGCACGUAAUCUGGCAGAUGAAAUAGAGAGCUAUAUGAAUUUGAAGACCCCAUUGGGUAGUAAGUUUCCCAGCAUGGAACUGCACAAGCUGGAUAAGGAAGCAGAAGCUUCUAGUAUACUUGGUCACUCCCAAGAAAGGAGGUCAAGCCUGCCUUUGGAUCCCAUCCUGCCGUCCUCCAAGCAUUACGAAAAUCGAAGAAGUCCUUCUGUCUCCAGAUCCAAAACAUUCACUGGACGAUCAAAGCAACAAACUCAUCCACAAAUUCAAAAGGAGCGGUCUUCGUCUUUGACAGGACUGGGUCGUUCUUCUCCACAUGGCUCACUGGGAACUGUCGUAACAACUUUAUCCAAUCUGAAGUUAGACAAUAUACUGUCUGGACCAAAAAUGGAUGUUUUGAAAUCAGGCAUGAAGCAAGCUGCCAAUGUGGCCAGUAAGAUGUGGGGAGUUGUAACAUCAGCAUAUAGUUACUCAGAUGAUGAAGAAGAAAGCCAUCUACCAGACUUUAACUUCCCUGUUGGCUUUGAAGAUAAUAUUUUAGGAGAUAAUCUGUCAUCAAGAACUGGAGUCUCAGGCCUACUUAAAAAUGAGCUCGCACAAAGCACUACUAGUCUUGGCAGUAGCAGCAGUGGUGGUGAUGUAGGAAGACAGCAUUACAGUGCAGGUGAAGUUUCCUUCCCAAAAAGUAUGAAAGUUCUAGAUUCUGAGAAAUCAGAGCACAGCUCUUCACAUAAUACUAGUUUAUCCAGCAUUUUCCAGAACUAUGCAAUGGAGGUCUUGAUGUCAAGCUGCUCUCAAUGUAGAGCUUGUGAUGCUUUGGUUUAUGAUGAAGAAAUCAUGGCUGGGUGGACAGCAGAUGACUCAAACUUGAACACCACCUGCCCUUUCUGUAAAAGUACCUUCCUACCUUUGCUUAAUGUUGAAUUUAAAGACCUUCGUGGCUCUGCAAGCUUUUUCCUGAAGCAAAGUACCUCAGGAGAUAGUUUACAGAGUGGCACCCUUCCAUUAAACACAGAUCCUCUGGAGCAGAAACUGUUGACCAGUCCAGCUGUUGCUGACUUGAUCAGUUUUUCAGAUCACCUGCAGUCCAGCCACACCAUAGCUGAAGAAACCAGCUCCGCAGCUGAGAAGGGGGAUUUGGCAGAAGAACAGACUACAAAUCCCACAGCCAUGAAGACACGUGACAAUAAUCCACCAAAAAGGGGAGUGUCUUUGACUCGGAGCCACAGUGUGGGAGGUCCGCUGCAAAACAUUGAUCUCUCCCAGAGACCAUCUCAUGGCAUUUCAACAGUUAGUCUUCCAAAUAGUUUACAGGAAGCUGUGGAUCCUUUAAUAAAACAACCUAACCCUGCCCCUGUAUCUGUACCCUAUUUGAGCCCUUUGGUUCUGCACAAGGAGCUUGAAUCACUGUUGGAGAAUGAGGGAGAGCAAGUAAUUCAUACAUCCAAAUUCAUCAAUCAACACCCCAUAAUCUUCUGGAACCUAGUCUGGUAUUUCCAACGGUUGGAUCUGCCCAGCAACUUACCUGGACUCAUUCUAACAUCUGAACACUGCAAUGAGGGAGUGCAGCUUCCUUUGACAUCCCUUGCUCAAGAUAGCAAGCUAGUAUACAUCCAUCUUCUAUGGGACAAUAUCAACCUCCACCAAGAGCCAGGGGAGCCCCUAUAUAUAUCUUGGAGAAAUCUCAAUUCUUCUGAAAAGAAACCCUCCACACUGGCAGAAGAUCAGCAGGCAACAAACACUUUGUUAGAGAACAUCAAACUAAGUAUUCAACACAAUGAUGUUAUUAAGCCAAUCAACCUCCUCCUGCAGAAAGUUAAACCAGAUGUGAAACGACAGAGGAGUUUUUACAGGGAAAUUCUUUUCCUGUCUCUGGUGUCUCUUGGAAGAGAAAACAUUGACAUUGAGGUCUUUGAUAGUGAAUACAGACUUGCACUUAAGAAACUACCAAAGGAAGUUCUUGAAAAGAUGCAGAGAAUAGAUGUUCCACCAAGCAGCAGGGUUGAGUGUUGCAGGAAGUGCUUUGGAGCACCUUUAAUAUAAAAACAAGGAAGAUGCACACCAAACUGUGGAGAGAUAAAAGCAGAGGUGAACAAAACGAGGAGCAUGGUGAUGACAUACACACUUUUCAGUCUCAAAUGGUGUUAAUUGAGCAAUUUGCCAAACCAGUUUCAUUGAGCUGCAUCAUAUAUUCCUCUCAUUCAUCUCAUAGGCACCUUCUGAAGUAUGUCAAAAUGUUUUAAAAUUACAAAUUUGUUUCAAUGGUUGAUCUGUGUUUCCCCUAAAUAUAUGCUUUAAUUUCCUCAAAAUUUUCCUCCACAAUAUCAGGUUGUUAAAAAAGCUGAUGACAUAACAGCAGUCUAUAGUUGGUGACUUUCUUAAGGGCCGCCAAUAUUGGUGUAUUUUAAUGAAGUACUUUUCCAGUGCUCAGAUUCUUCCAUGCUUCUUUAAAGUUACCUUUACCUAGAGAGGGAUCCUUUUGUUAGUGUGUGGUAUGGUUGUAUGAAUGUAAAUAUUUGAAACCUUGGAUUGGAAGCUGCAACGCAGUUACUCAGAUCACAGUACCUUAAACUGCUACUCUUCUCCUGACUCUUGUCAGUAUUCUGAAUUACCUUUGCUGACCUUUUCAAAAUGUGUGUCUACAGCUGUGAGAAAACAGAGACUUGCACUCAGCUUUCCUGUAUUCUCUAUCUGAUAAACUAUAAGAUCCUGUAAACGUACUGGCUGCUUUCUCCAAAGAAGGAUAGGCUUCUACACAAAGCAGCUCAGAAAUGGAUGGCUUCCAAAAAAUCAUGUUGGAAGCUCAAAUGGUAUUACAAUACACAAAAGAAAUGUCAACAGCUACUGCCUGAAAAAAAAUUAUGCUUUAUACUCUUUGCACGUGUGCUUAAGAGGUGUCUUCCUCAAAUUCUUUAUCACCCUCUUCCUUGGUUUCAUACUAGCCUGUGGGUUAAUUAUUUUGCACUGAUAGUCCAGAUUCAAUAUUUCAAUUAAAGAUGUAUUUAUAAAUGUGUCUUCAAGAUGUAUAUUAGCAGAAAUGAAGUGCUUAUGUGCAUGAUCUGAAAAGAUGUAUUGCUUCUCGAAGAUAAGACACUUCCUCACCUGACAUAUUUAAUUGACUGCAGUAGUCAUAGUCUUGGCAAGAAGAGCUUGGAUACUGGUCAACAGUGUAAGUGUUUCUGUUACUUGAAGAAUAUGAUAAGAUUUAUUCCAGGUUUUUGCUGAAAGUUAGUGGUGUGGCUUUUACAAUGGAAUAAUUCAUAGAGAAGAAGAGAUAUUUGUAGCAUUUAAAAGGAGCAUAGCUUAAAAUAUUAAUUGCAUCUGGAUAUGAAUGUAUUUACUUGAUACUACUUUUAAAAAUUUUCAUUCUUCACAAUGAUGAGGGAUGAAGAUCUGUCUGGAACAAUUUUUUACAUGAAACAAUAAAACCAAUUAUUUUUUUCAUGAGGUGAAAACAAGGGAUUUGCACUAUUUAUGACAAAAUAUAUUUACGUCAUAGACUGAUAAUACGGCUUGUAUGAUGCCUUGUAUUUUGUUGAAAAGUGCUGAUCCUACGUUAACAUGGGGAUAUUACCUGGACAGAUUCUCUCCUGAUAAAACUAUUGUGCUUUCUCAACAACUAAAACAAGAAAGCACACAAUGAUAUAUAUUUUUUUUUAAUUCUUUAUUCUUUGGGUUUAUGCAUAGUUGCUUGCUGAUAUCUGACCUACAUCACAGUUAAAGAACAGUCCUUGAUUCUUCAUCUUUUCCUCUCUUUUCCAGUUAGAUAAUUGACAUGGUUCCAUACUUCUAAAAUUAAAGUCUGUCUAAAGUAUUGGUCCAAACAACUUAAUAUUUCUACAAAUCAAAGCCAGCAAAUUUUUCUGUAAAACUCUACAUUAUUUUUCAACAGACAACUACACAAAAAUUAUUUUUGAGUGUUAAAUGGACAAACCACGUAAUUAUGUGCUGCAACUUGCAAUUAAUCAGGUUUCAGUUACCCUUAAAUUCUCCCAGCUCAUUAAAUGGCAAGGAAAAUCUAUCUAGAGAGUACUGUUUUAGAUAUGUGACAUCCAAACUGUUUUAAAACUUUUUUUAACAGUUUUAAAACUGUUUGACCUCCAGUUUUAAAACUAUACUUUAAAAAAAAUAGUAAAUAUUAUUACUAGUUUCUGUAAACACGUCAUCUUCAUUUCCAAACAACUUUCUCAUCUGUUGCUGAAAAUAUCGAUUAAUAAGUUCAUAGUGUUGUAAAGACAGCAAAGCAGAUUGUGCCACAACAUCUAGUGUUACUUGCUAAACCUUUCCCAGCUAUAUACACUAAACAAACAAAAAAAACCCCAACAGAAGCAAAGCUUCUUAUGAUUUGCUCUUGCAUAUUGUCAUUUUUAUACACUACAAAUGAACUGCUACACCUGGUGUAGGCACUUGGAUUUCAGAGUGGGAGAAGUCCUGCAUGUAGCUACUUGAAAUCUUGAAUCUGUAAAUUGGAAUUGAUUCUUUGAUAUAGAAUAAAAAAGGAAGAACUUAUCCUUUUUAUAUAUGAUUUUAGUGCUUAGGUUUUAGAGCAGCUAACUAAUCAGUUGGGUAUUUGAUGUAAUCCAUAGCUCAGAUGAGAAGGGACAUCUCUGAAAGCAGUUUGUUUUCAUCUCAGAUGCUUUUUUGGGGAAAAAAAGUGAGUUUCACAAAAUCUGGCCAAAAAUAACCGGGGAAAAGUUUCGAAAGUGUUUUGUGAGUGUAUUGCAAACACUUUUGUUCUUCUGAACAUUAGGCACUACAGGCACACUUCUGCAGUUUAGUUGACAGGAUGAACUUCUUGUGAUACAUGGGGAUGACUUAAUUACAUACAAAUGCUUCUAACUUGUUUGACACCCAACUCCUAGGAAUCCAGAUUUAUCUAAAUCCAUAAAGCAUUACUGAUCUGAGCAAAGUGUUGUGAAGGAAGGAUGAGGAUAAGCUGGAUUUUGGUUCUGUUUUUCUGUCAAUUUAAGCAGAAGAGCAGUAGCAUUUUGCUCACUUGUGAAACUCUUGUCUCAACAUACUCUUUCCAGUAUCUCAACAGCCAGUGCUCAGGAGAUGAUUCUUUUGUGUCUAUUUUUUAAUUCCCAAGAACCUGAAGAAAACAUUUGCCAAUCAGCAUUUACUUCAAAAUAUGCAAUGUGUGCACAAAAUGAGGGUGUAAAACAACCUGAUAACGGAAGUGGAUGCAAGCAAUGCAUUUCAGGUAUGCCCAACAACGUAAAAAAUUUGUAUUGGAAGAAAAAUUAUCAAAGAGAAGCUUCCUAGAAUUGUUUCCCUAAGGAUAUUGAACUGCAGCCUGUUGUGCUAAGAUAUUAUCUUACACCUUUCGCCCAGCUAUAAAUCAGUUACAUAUACAGCUUGUGUGCUCACAUGAGAAGAGCUGGUUUUUUUGUGGAAUUAAAAUAACAAAUGAGGUCUUAAAUGUUUAAAAUCAGGAUUUUUAAGUUACAGAGUUUUUCUUUAUUAUUUAUUCUGGCAGAUCACCAAAACCUGAAAAUUUUGAAAACCCUUUAGGCCUAGGAGACUGAUGUGGCUGCAGUGUUGGCACAGUAAUUGGUACCAGCUUUUGCAUGUUACUAGAAGCAUUUGUAUGUUACUUACAAUCAUAUCCUGUCUUCACAUAUUAUAUAAUUCAAGUUUAGGUAAUACAAUUAUAAUGGAAAGUAUUUUACUUACUAUAUGUGUUUCAAACUAAAUUAAUUUUGCAAGUAACUUAGUCUUGUUCCUGGUGGAAUUUCACAUUGGUUAAGUUCAAGCUACAUUGCACUUGUGAAUGAGUAAUAUUCUAUUUUAACUGUGAAUUAAUGGCUUUUUGUAUUGCUGCAUCUAAAAGAAUAUACCUUUCAUUAAGUUUACUGCUUUCCUUGAAUAACUGCAACAUAGGGGAUAUUUUCAAAAUGUAUAUUAAAUUAGAUAAUAGAAAUUAUAUUUUUAAAACAAAUUGUUAAAAUGUAAGGAACUGAAGAAUCCAUUCAGUAGUUUUCUCUUUUCAAAACUCUUGAUUCAACAAUUAUUUCAAUGCAGAUAACUCCUAUUUUAGUAAGCAGGUAAUCUUAUUCACAUAAUUGUAUAUUUUCAAUAAAAGGCUUUUUUUUUCUUUCAUCUAAUAAAAAUCUUAAAAUGCAUUCUGUAUAUCAGCUUUUCACUAUGGAUCUUUUUAAAAACAAACACCCAUUUAACUUGCAAGUGCUGAAACUGAGUGGUUAAAUUGGGCUCUAGUUCUGUACUCUCCCGUGCUGUGUAUCGUGAUGCAUACGUGAGAGGAUAGGAUGGCGUUUUUAUUUGUUCUUUCAGUCUGCAUCAACCAAUGGUGCAAAUAAAAGGGAUUGUUUGCUGUUGUUUAGAAGCACAUUAAACUCCUAUUAGGAGCUUAAAAUAAAUUGUAUUGUAACAAGGAUGAAAUGAUGUAGUAUGAAUAAAUUAAGAAUCUGUUAAGUGAGCUGGGAAGCUUAAUGCAAUAAAAUUUGCACUGGUUUAGGGACUGUUUUGAACUGUUGAAAAAUGGCAUCCAUUUACUGUGCUUUGAUUAACAAUUGUUUCUCUGUAAUAUUUUUGUACAUUUGACAAAAAUUUGAUUUUAAAAGGGCACUCUAUAUCCUGAAUUCUGUAUAGAUAUUCUAGACUAAGAAACAAUUUUUAAUGUUUUUCCCAGAAUAAAAUAUAUAUGCAUCCUGUG